GCGCACUAGGUCCAUUUACAACACUAGAGAAUCAACACAAAAGCCACAAAAGCAAAGCAAUGCGAUGAUAACGCAGACGACGGCACACGCCGUGGUGGAGUCCGCUGCACGCCGGUGUGUCUGCCUCGCCCGCGCUUCACGGAAUGUGGAGUCCGCGCCAUCACAGAGCAAAAGCCACAGAACGUUGGUCGUGCUCCUCGCAAGAAGGCGGGACAGACCGCUCCUGGAUUGUGCCUCCCUGGGCAGUCGUUCAGCCCCUACACUGCGCGCGCCGUUACGGACGUAUCACACCUCUGCCGCGUGGUUAAAGAAUACGAUGCCGUGGCCGUCGCAUCCCGAGCAGCGACGAGCACUAUUCACGGCGUCAACGCCUUCCGUCCAUUACCCGCUCACAUGCGACGACCAUCGCAUCGAGACUUCAUUUGGCCGCACCUCUCCCCCACCUCCACGGGCGCCAUUCGCGCAGAGACGAACAAGUCCGCGCCGCCAUCGCACACGCCAUCGACGUCGUCGUCAAACGCCAAAGCCUCCAUCUUUCUCGCCGGCACAACAGCCGUGCUCUUCUUGGGAAGAUCAAGAGCACCCGGGAAACCACGCACGCGCAGACGACGUGGUCAACUCACCUAAUCAACAAACGGAGUCCACUGGUGCCCCUUCACGCCGCCCUGCAGCUGUGUAUCGGUUGUCGCCUUUGGAGGGGACGCUUUGCCAGCACAUUCAGCGCGGAGCGUGGAGGACGGCAGUCGAACUGCUGCAGACGCAGAAGGACCUCCGCGCGCGGGAGACGACCACAACGUUGCACUUCUUGUCACCCAACACACCCCUCAUUAGCACAACUGCAGUACCCGCGCAUGCAGCGAAGGAAAUGCAACGUGCCGCCGCCGCCGCGCUGGAGCGUCCACUCACCGGCUGGCCCGCGUCGAUUUCGCUGGAGGAGCGGUGUGUGUGGUUGCUGCUGUGGCGGGGUGACGAAGCUGCGGCGUGGCGGGUGUGGCGGUGGAUGCAGACGCAAACCUCGUCGUCUUUGUUCUCCUCCUCCUCAUGGGCCUCCUCUGUCGCACUCCACGAGGAAGAAGCCGCGGCUGCGUCACCGUCUGUGUCCGCACCCCCUUCGCGUCUCCCAUUCGCUUUCACGCUUUUCCUUCACUUUGUCGGACAGGACAGCCAGCGCACGCAGGAUGUGCUUCUCGCGUUGGAGGUAGCGGCGAGAGCGAGACGUACUGUAGUCGCGGGAGGGCAGUCACCGCUGUCUGCAUCAGCACCGUCGACACCUUCACGACGUCACGCCCAGGAGGAGCGCGCGUGUGCUUCGCCGAGUGGUGAGGGGGCAGUGGAGGAGUGGAUGCUUCUCUUUAAUGCUUGGCUGCGGUGUCUGGUGACGAGCACCGCCGCGAAGGCGGACGAGACGGACGCGUUGCUUCAGUCCUUCUCUCAAUUCUACAACGCCGCAGUGCGUCGCAUGGCUGCUUGUGUGGGGGAGGUGAAGAAGGAACAAGAUGCCACCGUGGUGGCGUUACUUUUGCUGAGCGCGUACGCGCAGCUGUUCUCGUCGCCCGCGACGCAGGGGGCUACUGCUGAGGCGGUCGUUGCGGAUGGGCUCAAGUCGGCAUCGCAAGUCCCUUCUCCGUUGUCGCCAGCACCAUCCAUGACUGUGGCGUUGGAGUUGGUGGAGGAGGAAUUCUGGAGGAGCGCGAGCACGCUGCGUGCGGAAGGCCACAACCGCGCGUCAACGUGCGACAAAAACGGUGAGUUGCCGAAUUUGGUCACAAGCGUCUUCCUGCACCCUCGGAAAGAAGGGACACCCGCGCCGGCGUCUCUACAACGGAAAACUCGUUCGGCGUUCGCGGCUGCUGCGCGCCAGCUGUCGACACUUCAUCGCCACCACGCACGACGCAGCACACCCGCUCUUGCCUACCAAAGAGACGCACACCCUCCCGCUCAAUUGCCGCGUUACCGAUUCUGGUUUCAACAGUGGAUGUACGCAAUGGGCUGCGCUGACCGGUGGGUCGCCCUCGUGGACGCUUUAGAGGGGAGCAACGACAACGACACGGCGUCAUGUUCCUCCACCGAACGGCUACGACAAAUCAACGCAGCCACGGACAGCAACGACUGGGAGACGGCGCUGCAGCUGUGUCUCCUUCCUCAAUCGGACGGUCAUGCGACUGCCCAGCUGCCUUGGCUGCAGCGCUUGCGGAAGGGCCUAACCGCAUGUGAGGCGGCGGCGAAGACGAGCAGCGAUGUGCCGUGGCAGGGCGCACUCGCGCUGUGGCGCUUCGCACAGUUACACCACCGUGGGGAUUGUGAUUGUGGUGGCGGUGCAGCUGCGGCGGCCGACCUCACACGGGAGUACGGACGCAUCUUCCAGCUGCUCGCCUCCGCCACGCGCUGGGCCGAAUCGCUGCGGUGCUUUCACGCGUCGCCGACGCGUUAUCUGGACGGUUUUGUGGUGGCGCAGGUCGGCUACGCGCUGCGCGCCUCUUCUGCACAUCUCGACCGCGCCGUGUUGGAUCUCUGGGCCACGUGGCGCUGCCGUGUGGGGGACGGCGUCGAGCCGCGGGAGGAGGCGGUGGUGCAGCUGCUGCAGGCGAUGUUGCACAUGUCGUCUUCCUCCUCUUUCUCUGCCUUCACUCAACAAUCCGCAUCCAGUGCAACUUUGUCGAGCAGCACUACUGCUAGUGAUGCUUCCUGUGAUCAUGAGGAUCCUGUGGAAAUCGCUUCGACGGUGCAGACCCCUGCCGCCGUGGUGGCAGCCGACGUGGCAACGAAACUGCUUGUGGCGGCGGCCGCUUCUACCACCAGUCCGGCUUCGAAGACGUCUCAGCCGGAAGGAAGAGAACAAAAUGCCGACGAUGCCCGUCGGCUGCCCGGUACACGGGUGCCGCUAGACUGGCGCCACCGCCGCCACCUCGUCCGCCGCCUUCUCACUGACCGCUGGGCGGGCGAUUGGGUCGAGGCGCUGCAGGUCGCCGAGGCGAGCGAGGACGUGUCGCUGCUGCGACUGGUUGCCCCGCGGGUCCCGCGCUCCCACCCGUCGAGCCUGUACGCGGACACGGUGCACCGUCUGCGCGAGCGUGGGGUGGAGCUGACGGCGGGCGAUCGCGCCGCGCUGUGGGCGAUGUGGGGGAACACACGCGCACGCGAUGAAGGCGUGCCGCGUGGCAACGCGUCCGGUCCGCACGGACACGAAAGCGAUGCGCGUCGGCGGCAUUGCUCUGCGGACGUAUGGGAAAGGGGCGGUGAUGUGGCGCAGAUCGCACACGCCGCGGAAUUUCUCCUUGUCGAGCUUCUCGGCGCAGACGAAGAGGACGCGCCGCCCACGCAGGUGAAGACACCCUGA